AAACCGUGAAGGAGGAUCUGCAUCAGUCGCUUCCUGUGGAUGUUAUGCAAAAACAACACGCAGAACACGAAAGGUGAUCUCCUGUGCCCGAUGCUGUCCUGUGCUCUCCGCUGCCUGCGUCCCUCAUCCUGCACCCUAGCCUUAUCCAGACAGCUGGCCCAUCACCGGCCCCACAUGAAUCCCAGUUGUCCCCGUCCUGUAGAGACCACCAUACGGACCAAACUGACCCAGGACCUCAAACCUGAGCACCUAGAGGUUAUAAAUGAGAGUCACAUGCAUGCUGUGCCUCCUGGUUCAGAGUCCCACUUCAGAGUUCUGGUGGUGAGUCCUCAGUUUGAGGGUCUUUCCCUCUUGCAGCGUCAUCGGCUUGUGAACGAGUCUCUGCGAGAGGAGCUCAGCACACGUGUUCAUGCCCUCGCCAUCCAGGCCAAGACGCCCCAGCAGUGGAGCAGCAGCCCCAGCCUGGCCAAAAGCCCCCCCUGCAUGGGAGGAUCCAAGCAUGAUGACACAAUGACUGAGAAACUGAAGGCAGGGAGAGACUGACUGUGACAUGGCAUUUCAGAAACAAAAACUGUUUAUGGGGUAUUAUGAUAAUCCCAUAUAAAGUGAGUUAAUUUGUUACACACUUGCUUCGUGCAUAUCUUUCAUGUGGAGCUCACUAAUACUCAAUAUUUAA